AGUGGAACGUAGCCUAUAUGUUAUCAAAAAGUGUCAAAAUGACGUAUGGUUCGUUUGGCGUAAUUGACAUUUUAUAGGGCGCGUACAAUUUUGUUUUUGUAGCAGUAAAGAAAGUAAAUAUAUACCAAAACUGUUUAUCAAAUAUUGAAAAUUGAAAUACCAUUGCCAUGGCAACUCUGCGUAAUGCUCGUCUGAUGCGUGAAAUCAAGAAUCUUGAAACAAAACCACCUUGGGGUGUUAAAUGCAGUCAGGAUGAGGAAGAAUCUUUUAAUGUCCUCCACAUUAAAAUGUUAGGACCAAAAGGCUCUCCUUACGAAAGAGGAAGUUUUGACCUCAUUAUAAAUGUUCCUGAGAGAUAUCCCUUCGAACCACCACAAGUUAAGUUCGUUACUCCUGUGUACCACCCUAAUAUUGACAAAGGUGGUAGAAUAUGCAUGAAUAUGUUAAAAAUGCCACCAAAAGGAUCCUGGCUGCCGACAAUUACAAUUGAAACACUCAUCAUAUCUAUUCAAAGCCUCCUUGCAAACCCGAACACCGAUGAUCCACUCAUGAUGGAGUUGGCUUUAGAGUACAAAUUUGAUCGUUCGGGUUUUCUAGAAAAUGCCAGAAACCAUACAAAAAAGUAUGCAGUGUAAUCAGUUGGUUGAUCUUGUUACAAAAAAGUUUGUAAAUAUAAUAUUUUACGUGAACUAAGAAUGUUAAUUUUAAGAUAUUUAAUAAUAACUUUUCCUAUCAGUCUUACAUGAGGAAGACCCAAUUUUUGGCUAUUCCUUUUUGCAUGUUAUAAUAAAGCCUACGUUAUCACUGAGUAGUACUGAUGUGGUAUUAUUGUGGUGAAAAGUUUUUAAAAUCAGUUUAAUAGUUUUAAAUUUUAUAAACCACAAAAAAUCUAAUAGUUUUAUCUUUAUAAUAUUAGUACUGGUUAUAAUAAGUAAAUACUUCAUCUCCGAUGAGUUCUGAAUGUGGCAUUAUUGAAAUGCCAACUUCAGUACACAACUUCAGUACAGAACGUGGAAUGUGUCCAAAAUGAACAUAUCUGAAAUGAUAUGCUGAUAAUAACCCAAAAUGUUAAAAGAGUUUGUAAUUCAAUUUUGCUAUAUGCUCUCUUAGAACUGGCAAACUUUUUAAUUUUCUAUAGAAUAUUUUUUAUGGAACAUGUGUGAUGUUCCUUCGCGUAAAUACAGAUAUAAAAACAAAAUUGGCAUUAUGCACAGUUACAUGUCCAAUACUUUUUGUGUCUAUACCAACAUUUUUUCUUUCUCGUAGUAUUUUAUUUUUCAGUUGCAUUUGGUGCUUUGUGCUUUUAUGUAAAUAAAACAAUUUUUGUAGUUUCCUAUAAAACAUAAAAUCUUAUCUUUCAUCAUCUAUUACAACAAUAGCUACUUAAAGAUUUGCAAGUAUUUGUUACAAAUCAUUUUCUUUUUCUAUUUAUUUUUUUAGGUUUUUUUCAAUUUUUUUUUUUUUUUUUUUUUAUAAAAGUUGUAUCCGGUUGUUUUCGUUUUGUCGAAUUUUAAAAAUAAAAAAAGGUUCAAGUUAAUAUUUUUGUAUAAAUAUAAUAUUAAAUUGUAAGUCUGGCUUGAUACUCAUAGGAAUAAUGAAUGUGAUAAAUUUUACUUUUUUAGCAAAAACAAUUGUUUUUCCGAACUCAUUUUACAUUUUAUCUUCGAAAUGGCUAGAUCAAUUUAUAAUAAUAUUUUUGUGCAUAUUUGGUAGGUAUGAAAAUAUGUCGUAUAUUUCAAACUGCCUAGUGCUUAGGGUUUAUUUGUCGAGAUAAACUCCAUAAUCACCUAAUUUUUUCUUGGUAAACUUCACAUGUUUAAACGCUUUGCAAGACAAGACAUCACUUGGGUCAACUUGUAACAUAAUAGUUUUAAAUAUCAACAAAAUAAAGUUUAAGACUAUAAGGUUAGCUUACAAUUAAAGAAGCACAUAUAAUAUAACUUGGUUUAAAAUUACACAAGUUUUAUGAAAUGUUAUGAUUCAUAUUAUUUUUUGAGACUUUUUUACGUCUUUACUGUCAGAAAAGUCAAAGUUAUAGUAUAUAAGAAAAAAAAAAAAAACGGUAUUUUUACAAAAAAAGUGGAUGUACAAAGUUUGUUAGUUAAUUUUGAAUAAUAAAGAGACAGACAUACACAGUAUAUUUUGUUUCAUAGUUCUAUUUUAUUUAGAUAUUUAAGGGAGAUAUAUACGAGUUUUGUAUUUAUGUAUGUAGCUAUACUCAUUGUUAAAUAAGUUGUUUUAUGAUAUAUAACAUGAUUUUAAGGAUAAAUACCAGAAAAAGGAAGAGAGGGAGAAAGGAAGAGAUGUGGUAUUUUUGUAUUAAAUUAUUUAAGAAAAGUGAAA